UCUCAUCAGCAGAUAACACAUGAGGGUGAAUACAAGAGGAAGCACAGUGAUGAAUUCUUUCAAUGUAUCUUUCAUCAUCAGUUCUUAUCUUUAAGUGCUGCAACCUGUCUUCAACGCAUUAUACACACAAAUAAGUGAAAGAGUAAUCUUUGUCCUCUGAGUCAGUUAAUCAUCAAUCAAGUCAAGGAGUGAAAAGCUUGUAACAGUUAAAAACUCAGAGAUGAUUCCUCCAACACUCGUGUGGCAACAUGGCAACUAAGCAGUCCGAGGAUGCAUCCAGGUACAUGAGCUACGAGAAUCCGAGCAGUGGACUCAUGGUGUGGAUCAGGAAAUUUAACCCCAAGGGAGUUUUCACCUGGCAGUUGGCCAAGACAUUGGCCAUGGGUCAGGGCCUGGCUGGGCUCAUCUGUGGGACGGCCAUCAGCUCCCAGUUCCUGGCCACAGACUUCCGUGUUAACACACCCAUGCUGCAGAGCUUCUUCAACUACACCCUGCUUAGUCUAACCUACACCACUAUGCUGCUCUGUAGAACAGGGGAUGGAAAUAUUUUACAGAUUCUGAAGAGGCGAUGGUGGAAGUACCUUCUGCUGGGGCUGGUGGAUGUGGAAGCCAACUACGUGGUGGUUAAAGCAUACCAAUACACCACCCUCACCAGUGUACAGAUGUUGGACUGCUUUGUGAUCCCGGUCCUGAUGAUACUGUCCUGGUGGGUUUUGAAGACACGUUACAGGCCGGUCCACUAUGUAGCCGUCUGUAUCUGUCUCCUCGGAGUGGGGGCCAUGGUGGGGGCCGACCUGCUGGCUGGACGAGACCAGGGCUCCACCUCAAAUAUCUUGUUAGGUGACGGUUUGGUGCUGCUCAGCGCUACGCUGUACGCCGUGUCUAAUGUCAGUCAGGAAUACACAGUGAAGAACCUGAGCAGGGUGGAGUUCCUGGGCAUGGUUGGCCUGUUUGGCACAAUCAUCAGCACCAUACAGAUGGUGAUCCUGGAGCGUAAUGAAGUUGCUAACAUCCAGUGGAGCUGGCAAGUCGGGCUCCUGUUCUCUGCCUUUGCGUUGUGUAUGUACACUCUGUACAGCUGUAUGCCUAUAGUGAUGAAGCUGAGUAGCGCCACCUCCGUCAACCUCUCCCUGCUCACCGCUGACCUCUUCAGCCUCUUCUGUGGGGUUUUCAUCUUCCAGUACAAUUUCUCUGGUCUCUACCUGGUCUCGCUGGUGAUCAUCCUCAUCGGCUUCAUCGCCUUCAACGCUGUACCGACACCCACUGACCGCACAGACGCCACCACCUCCUCUUCCUCGUCCAUCUGCGAGGAAGGUUGCUUUGACAAUCCUGAGGCCACUCAGAAUAACAUCACCAAGCAGGAAGUGGACGUGAGGAUCACCACUGAGGAGGAGGAGGAAGAGGAAGAAGAGCAGCAGGAGGGAUGGAAGCAAGAGGAGAGGGGGAAGAGAGAGAGAGUUUCAGGGCCAUCACAAAGACUCGGACAAGGGAACGAUUAUGUUGCUGCUGUUGGAUGCAGCACUAAAAUGUGAUCUACAGCAUG